AUGCCACCUUCAGAUGUCCUCGUUUGUCCUCUGCGGCCGGCGGAGCGUUUCCGUGACUUGUCUCCUGAGGAAGUGGCCGAUUUAUUUCGUACGGCGCAGAGGGUGGGCAACGUGGUGGAGAAACACUUCUGCGGCACCUCGCUCACCAUUUCCAUUCAGGAUGGCCCCGAAGCCGGACAAACGGUGAAGCAUGUUCAUGUCCACGUGCUUCCAAGGAGGGCUGGGGACUUCAGCCGGAAUGACGAUGUCUAUGAGGAGGUAAGGGCUACCCUCUAUUUCUUGUUCAGUGUUGGUUUUGCUGUUCGAAAAUCACCUUAA